AGUGUAGUCCUGGCUAGUGACUCGUACGAACAAACUGGAUAUUUGAAUAACAUUCUCAGACAAAAAAACUCGAAGGAAAAAUAUAUAACAUGAAAAGGUCAUUGACCUCAGGAGGAAAGUUCAGCGAGAAGUUUAAGAGUCUGAAUAGUGUCUCGCCAUUUAUUGGCUGUCAAGUCCUUUUGAAGAAUGUAUAAGUGGCCUUUUAAGGAUAACUCGAUUACUAUCUUAUCGCAAAAGCUGCAGCACCAAUCGAUAAGUGUUUUGUGUUAGUGUGCGACUGGAAGCCACAACGGACGGACGUGCGUCUGUCUCUUCGCCCAAUUUCCCUCCUCCCGAGUGUUCUUCGAGAGCUGAACUUGAAGAGUCACAAGUGCGUCUUUAAGGGAGGUGAAGAGAGUUUUUCCUGAAGAACUUACAAGUGUCUAAAAGGGAGACGUGUUAUCCACUUGAUAUAAUUAAUAAAAGAAUUUGUCGUGGAGACAGAGAGAGAAAGAGUAACGAAAAUCUUGUGAUUCGGUUUAUGUUAGAGGAAAGUGCACGGAAAGUUUCUAGUGAUUUUUUGUGAGUUACUGGUUACCCCUAUCGGGUAAUGAACUUGUGAGGAUUACUACGUGAAUGGUCGUGAACUCAUUGUGUUGGUGCUUUUAAUGGAUGGAAAGUAAUUAUUGUCUAUCGAUACUUGUCCUCUGGAGUGCUUUUGUGAUUUGACAUCCUCCGACUUGUCAAUCUCUGAACUGUGCCUGUGGUGAACUGUAGAAGAUACUGUUUCAUAGUAAAUAGCUUGAAGACUGCCAUACAGAAAACCCUUCUUAUGAAAACCUGUCAGCAAAGAACAGCCAUCAUUGUGUUUUGUGUAUAAAGCAAAAAGAUCUGAAGAGCGUGCCGAGUCUUCUUUUAAAAAGAAGAGGUAAUUUGUGUAUUGAUCAAAGGCUUGAACUUUUCUCCUGCGUCUUCUCUUUCUUCCUUCUCUCCUCCACCUCCUCCUCCUCCUCCUCCGAGAGAGAGAGACCGGGGAGGCUUUUGAAGUAGCAGUAGCCGUGGAGUUGUGUGGAAGUCGUGGUGGUGUUUGGUGAAGAGGAAAACAUAAGACGAACUUGUUUCUCGCUCUUUCUCCCUCCAACUCUCUCUCGCCUACCCAGACUCGUAUCAUCAGGCGAGAAUUGUUCAUAUGAACAGUGCAUCAUCGUUGAUAUUUAAGUCAUCAUCUCUCGUUGUUGAGCCUCAAGAUAUUCUUCGGCUGAAGAGAAGCGGCCGAACUCACUCACGCCUCCCUGUUUUCCCCGUCUCGGCGUGCGUGCGUUUGUGCGUGCCUUCCCUCUGCCGCAGUCACACCAGUACCUGUGUGCUGAUUGGAUUCACCUGCAGAAUUCUCAAUGCAGGAGAGAGACGAAGUCAUAGGCACAGUAGAACUCAAAUCAGAGAAAGAAUAUGAGUGCUCCUCUUGGUGAACAGAAAAAGAGAAAAUAGCUCUAUGCAAAAAGUAACACUCCUUAUUUUCCGCGUCACUGGUGUUGCUGCCGCUGCUGCUGCUGCUGCUGCUACCUAACAGUAACAAAUUGCCAUCCCCGUGUGAGACUGUGACACUUGCAGACUCGUGUAUGAGUGUGCGUGCGCGCAAGAGAGUCACACCACCCAACCACCGUAACUACUGACCCAUAUUUUCCUGCCUUCUGUUGUUUCUGCUUUCCGUACGUAUAUCGCUCGGUGGUACGCAUUCACGCCUCGCCACAUGGAGAGCGCGCGGGCGUUCGUAUGUAGGACAAAAUCAAAGAAAUAACAGGCAUUCUCUUGGACUUCAUAUCUCGUCUCUUUUGAGUCAUCAUCAGCCGCUUCUCUUUUGGAGAGAGAGGGGAUUUCUCCUUUCUCAUUCUUAUCUUCUUUCUCUUUCUCGCUGGAGUUGUGAUUCUCCCUGUCGCAGUUAGCCCCUUAGGGGGCUGGAGUAAAAUAUAACGCGUACGACGACCGAAGAGUAGUGCCAUGACGGGCGGUCCUGCAACAAGUGGGUAUGGGCGGCAGCAGCAGCUGCGCCCCUGAAGAAUCACCCCCCAUUCUCUUUCCUUCACGCCCACAAUCACCUGACAUGCACGACGCCCCCGCUAUGGCCACACUCUGUCAGGCCGCCCUCGACUCCUCCCGCCCGCCGCCCUCGCCACCCACAUCCCCUCCGCCUUUGGAAGAAGAAGAGGAGGAUCUGUUGGAGAUCCCUCCCCCUCCUCCCCGACCUUCGGCAGUAGCCAUCGAAAAGGCCAGAAUCCUCUACAACGGCGGAAUCCUGAGGGCGCAGAUCGGAGAGGCCACUCGGGCCAGCCUGCGGGACAUUCAUUACAUCGACAGUUCAUCCGGAUCCGAAUAUGAGGCCGAAGACGAAGAGGGAAAAGUCGGGGCAGAGACGGGGAACCUCGACGAUGGGUGUGAAUAUGAUGGGCGCCGAGAGUGCACUGAAGAGGAGGAGGAGGAGGAGGAGUAUGAGUAUGAGGAGAAGGAGGGCGCUUGUGAGGGCGGCAUGGAGGCUGCUGGUAGUGGUGGCACUGAAGAAGAAGACGUCGUAUUGAUCCAUGACGAGGAGGUGUGCGCAGCCGAGAGGAGGAGGAGGAGGAGGAGGAGGAGGAGCGGGAGGGCGAGUAGUAGUAUCGGGGGCAGGGCUCCGAGGGGGACGUCAGCGACAGCGACAGCAGGAGGAGGCAGUAGUGCUACGGUGGGAGGUGGCGAGCACACAGCAGCGCCAAGCCGCUCCUGCUGCCAUGAAGGAGGAGGCACCGCCGCUGUGGUUUCUGCAGCAGCAGCAGCUCAACCCCGAGUGCCAGUGCCACCUUCCACCUCUUCUUUUCCUCCUUCGCCUUCUGAGUGUAUCAUGAAACAGAAGUGUGGGUCGGCCACUACCUCGGAUUUAGGUGAACAGACGACCGCCGCGCCCCAUGCUUCUUCCAUGGCGGCAUCAGACGCCGCCCUACAGCAGCAGCAGCAGCAGCAGCAGCAGCCGCCUGCUGGCUCAGGAAGUGCUAUGGUUACCACCAGCAGUAGUAGUAGUGGAAGUAGUAGUAGUAUGGGAGGAGGGGGUGGCGCCCCCCUUCGCUCGGCCCUCAAGAGGGCAGGCCAAAAGAGCAGAGGACACCGUGUUAGUAUUAAUGAAGCCAAAAAUGAGUGUUUAGAAGCGGACUAUGUGAUUCUAGUGCACGAGGAAAAUGAACCUCAGUUAGUUUCCAUCAGGUCCUUCGACCUGAGCCUCGCGCCAGGCUCUGGCGUCGAGCAGGUCACUCUCUCCCCUCCUGAAGGCUAUAAGGAUUGCUUCAGUCACGCCGCCGUCCACGAGACACUCGUCGACGACUCAGGGUUUUUUAGAGGUGGCUGUACUCUCGAAGGUGUGUGCGACCUGGCCAGCGUCGUGACACAUGUACUGAGGAUGGGUGGAGAUACGGAAUCUGGAAGUGGAGACGGACUCCUAGACUUAGAUACGCCACGACCUCAUUUGCCAGACUUGGUCACUCACAGAACGCCAUCUACACAGUUGACAGUUGAGAAUGUCCGGCAUCAUGAUCAGUUGAUGCAAGGACAAGAAUCUGAAGGUAAUGAUCCUAAAGUUGCCAAAACUGGCAUUCUUAAAGGUGGAAAAUUGUGGAAGAAUGGGGAUAGCAAGAAGACUAAGCCUAAAGUGGAAGUUGAAGAAGUUGAGGAACCACGUCGCUCAGUGAGAUUCUCAGGUAGAGACGAAUAUAGCAUGUUGGAGAAUCUUCCUCUUGACAAGAUACCACUAGAUGCAGCUAACUCUGCCACACUUGCCAAAUUCAUGCCUAAAUUACGGGAGUUGGGCAUGUUGCUUGGAGAACCUCGUGAUGACUGGCAUGUUGAGUUAAGUCCCAUUAAUCCUGAACCUGAAGGUAGUGUUGGAAUAGCAGGCUUUGACCACCACCAUCCACUGGAAGAAGAGAAGCAACCACCUCCACAAAUGGAUGAUGAACAGAUUAGUGAAUCAAUGCAACGUUACGAAGAAAUGAGACGCAGGAUUGCUGCUGCUGAAGGACGAGAUAAUACAAGUGUUUGUAGCGAUGAGUCCAAAAGUUCUUCUGAUUCUCAGUCAUCUGAUUCUACAAUGACAGAAACUAGAAUUAGAAGAUUAGAAAAUUCAGAUAUGGCACAUGUCGCAGGUGGUGUUAUGAGAAGUAAUAGUGAAGUCAGGAGAGCAAUUGAGCACAAUAAGCUAAGAAGGUCUCUUAUUAGAUUCUCCGAUGCUAGGAAGAAAGACACAAACAAAAAUGAAAGAAAUGAGAAAGGUGAGACAACUUCUAUUUUGGAAAAAUUAAGGUGGCUAACAGCAACAGAAGAUGCUACAAAUGGGAAUACUGAUCAAAAAGACGGUGGGGAUAAUCAGGAUGGAGAUGGAACUGAUGGACAAGAAGCAAAGAAAGAAAUUGACCCCAAGGUACUGGAAACCAUGGCUCAGUAUCGCAAGUUAGCUGAAAUGUUUAAUAAGACUACAUCAUUGCGAACAACAGAAAUCCUUGUACCUGGUGAUGUUCGAGAAUGGAAAUUAAAGGCAGACCUGUUUCCAGAGCAGAAAAGUACUAGUAUAGAUUCUACAACUGAGGAAUUACAAGAGUCUCACUCAGGAUCCACAACGCCAACUGUAUACCAAGCCAUACCCGUUGUUUCAAUUGCUGAACUGGUAAGUGAUGAAGAUUGUGAUAAACUCAUUUACAGUGGUGGUGUAAGAUAUACAAGAGAAGGCACAUUACCACCAGCAGAAGAAGGUGAUGAUGAACAGAAAGGUGUUGAACAACCAGUAGCUGCAAAUGCACAAACAUCAGAUGCAAGGAAACAAUUCUUGUCUCAAAUGGCAGGUCAUACAGGAGUUCCAUUAAUUAAUGGUGUUGCUGGUAAUUCACGUGAUCGCUCUUCAAUGGCUUCAAAUUCAGAUUCAUAUACUUUUGAUGAUAUUGAUGAAGCUCUGCAUGAUGAUCGAUCAUCUUCAGUCCCAUCAUCAUCACAGUCAUCACCCCGACUGUCUGGUCGCAGUGAUAUGGAUGGAACAAGCACAACAGAAAGUGGAUAUAGUAGUAAUGAAACAAAUGGUGAAUUGUGUCCAGUUAGUACAGCACAACUAUUAGAGUUACCACCAGGAGUUGUAGAUGUUGAUGAAUUAGCAGAGUUUGUACGUCAAGAUGCAGGUCGUAUGGAACGUCUUCGUCGACGAUAUGAUGCCAGUGACCAAGAAGAAUAUGGUUUCAAUAGAAGGCCAUCAGUACGUGGAAUCAAACCAAGGUUUGGCUCAACUACAGAUCUACUAAACCAAAUGGCAACACAGCUGGCCCCACCAGCAAUGGCUCAGCCUGGAAUGGCUGGUUCCCAUAUGACUUGGCCUUACAGGGAUGCUGGUGAUGAAGAUGCAGCUCCACAACGUCGAAGAGCAGCAGCUAACAGAGCUGUUCUUCCUGCUUUACAGGAGGAUAUGCUUUAUGUCCCUACAUCUGAUCUUUCUCCUCAGACUGCAUCAUCUCCUUCCACAUCAACAGCCACAGCUACCUCGCUUACGCACACAAAGUCACCAAGAGUAGUUCAUGUGUAUGCAAGCACAGGAGAUUUGAGAGCCCCACCACCACCUCGGCUUCAAGGUCCCCGAGAAUCUCCACCACCUGAUUUAAUCCGGCCAGGUGCAGCUCCAAAUCCUAAUAGGCCUCACAUUCAUGUUUCAGUGUCCCAAGUACCUCUACAUGGAUCUGUACAAAGUUUGGUAAUGGCUCCACAAAUGCCAACACCAAAUACUCAUGAACACCACCAUCCCACAUGUAGGAGACCUGCAUCUGUACAUGGCCACCUACCUCCUGAUAAUUUAAUUAAUAGAGGAGUACUUCCACCUCCCACUGUUGUACGUCCUCAUUCUACUCUCUCUCAUUACCCACCACCCCGUGUUCCUGUUCACUAUCAUCCCUAUGAAGAGCCUCCUAUGCCACGAUCUCAGUUUGAAGGAGGGCAUCCUCCACUUGCCCAGCGAGGUUCUUACCCUGGCACUGUUCCUCCUCCUAUUCAGACACCACAUUAUCAACCACAAGUAAUUCCCAAUGAUCCAGCUCGAUACCCCAAUCCUCCACCAUAUGGUUCUCAUCCUCAUACUCAUCAGCAAUUGGUUUCUCCAAGAGAAGGAGUGCCGUAUCCCAGAACAUCUCAUCCCCAAGUGCACUCUGUUCCUCAGGUACCCUCUAUAGCUCCAGGACCUGUACAGGUACAUCAGUGUGGACCUAGGCAUCCACCUCAACCUAGAAUGGUAGGCUCAGUAACAGAACCAUCCUGUUCAUCAGUUUGGUCUCAUCAAUUAAUACCCCCAGGAAAUGUGCAUCAGGCUUUUCCUCCUCAUCCUGUGUCUAGUCAUUUGAGCUACACUACUCCCAUAGUACCAGAAAGUGGCAUCCCUGCUAGACCAUCAGGCUUAUCAGUUGGGCCCUCUAUAGGACCCCCGAUGGGAACAACUCUUAUUAAUGGUACUAUUGGGAAAUUAGAAGGCUUAAGGGAUGAACGUGGUGUUCCAGAAGGAGCGUCCUCUUCACCCCGAGGGCCCUCAGACCCUCAGUACCCUCCACCUCAUGCUUCUCCAACACGUGACUCCACCAUAUUACACCGACAUCCUCCUCCCAUGAACAUGACCUGAGUGGGAGUGUUAGUGAGGUAGCAAAGUGCAUUCAUAUGUGGUUGAUACCCCACCAAUUCAAGUUCUGAACAGGCAAAGGCCAGACAAGUUCUUGACAGGCAAAGCCUAAACCAAAUCCCCGCCUGGUACUGGCAGGUCCAGUCUAGCUAAAGUGGCUUUAGUCCACUCCUACAACAGCCGGAUAUAAAAUACCGACUUGUAACUGCAUAACAUGAAAUGCUCAUUGACUCAAUCACAAAAAAUUUUUAUAGUGUGAAAGUGUCAAGCUGCCAUGUACAGUACUCACUUUGGCACAUACUGUGUCUUCCUUGGUGAUCUGUGAAAAGAUAAUCGUUGCCAAACAAUUCAUGACCAAAAGAACAAAACAAAGCUCUCAGUAGUGUGCACAUUGCAAAAUACUAAAACUAUUUUGUUAUGAAAAUGAGGGGGUAAAGACAAUCCUUUUUAAUUUUUUCUUACCUUAGUGAAGUAACCUACUAAUUGUACUUAUAUACAGUUUCUUGUAGGGUGCAUGUGACAAUAUGUAGAUGUUCAUUAUCAUUGAUGUAAAUGAUUACAAUUCCAUAUAAAAGUGAAUUUUGAUAUACUUAAGAUUAAAACUACUGUAUUACUUUUUUUAUAAUUGGAAAGUUGAUGCCAUAACAGUUGCUGAUAUGCAGAGGUACAGUGAUGUUGCAGAUUAAUUAGCAAUAGAAUAUUUUGUAUGCGUAUAUAUUGUAAUAUAUAUUUAUUUACAUUUAACUGGCUGUUGUUUAAGAAGUACUUACAUCCGAAAAGUAACGGCUGGCUGUUGUUUAAGAAAUAUUAAACUCGCUCAGAAAGACAUUUUCUCCAGUAUGGAGAAAGUUUUAUUUGAAAAUAGCUUUCAGGUAACAGUUUCCCUUAUAUUUCAUUUGAUCUGGCAUUUUCUGUCAAGGAAAAUGUUUUGAUUUAUGAGCUUCUUGCUCGAAGUUUGUGUUGUCCUUCAGUUAGCAUGUCCUUGGUAGAGGGGUCUGUCUUUUGGAUUAAGAAUAUGCUCGCUGGUUAAUUUGACAGGACUCUUUUAGUUUAUUUACAGUUAAGUAGCAAUAUCCAUAUCUGUACCCCUUAUGACACCCUAAUAUCUGUCUUAAAAUGUCGCAGUAUUUUCAUGCAGCGAAAAUAGCUUGCGACAAAACCACAAAAUAAUCCCUUAUCAGUAUGUAUUCAGUGGCAGGAAAAGAUUGUAUUUUCUUUGAAUUUUCUUGCCAGAGUUCAAAAGUAGCUGUGGAUUAACUUGAAUGUUAUAGUGAAUAAAGGAAAUAAAUACUGUAUUACAUACUAAUUAUUCUAAGUUUGCAAUUAGUGCUUUCAUACUUUUUUUGCUCAAAAAUUAAUGUAAAAAUAAAACAAUUUUUUUUUUAUUAUUUAAACUUAUUACUAAAUAAUCAAACAUUACAACCAAAGACUAGGUUUAGGCAGCUAAUGAUGAAAAAUAAAGGUCUUGUAGUUUUCAUGCAUUUCUGAUAUUGACCUCAAGAAAGGUAAACAAAGAAAACAUCACUGUACCCACUACUCAGCAUCACAGUAAUGCCUUUUUUUUUUCCUUUUAACAUAUAAGAGCAUGAUAAAAUUUUGUAUUUAUAAAUAACAUCAUAUCAGACUUCAUUCAAAAUAUCUUGAACAGGUGAUUCUUAAAGAGGUUUAUAUUGAAAAUACAAUACAACAUGUACUACUUUUGCGUAAAAUAAUUUUAAGCUCGUUUUUUUUAACAGAGUUUUAUCAAUAAUUUUAGUAAAAAAUAACCAUUCCAUGUUGAACAUAUCUGAGUGAAAUUUGUUCAUGGAUUUUAUCAUUUUUUUCAAACUAUUAGAUCAAAACUUGUGACAAAUACUGUAAUGCUUUUCAGAAUAAGUUGUACUACAGGUAUUCCCCUUUAUGUUCUUAGCUACAGUAUUAAAUAUUUUAUUUCACAAUGAAAGUACAGGAUAAGCACACUAUUACUCUCAAAACUUGCUGAAAAUGCAAUGUUGAAUCUUACAAAGGCAAAAGUGCUGUAGAGCAUUUUCUUAUAAUAUACAAGAUAUUAGAUCUUGAGACAGACUUUUUGAAUAAAUCAAAGGUUUUUUCUCUGUAUUCUACAAUUGUAAAAUUUUAGAAUGGGAGAAAUAAAGUGACAUUAUUUCCUACAUACAGCUGUUGUUAACCAUGCUGUCAUAUAGGUUAUACAAAUAAAUGUACAGGUUUUGUAAUACUGCACACAACUGGUAAUGUGUAUUAUAUCAAACUGAUAAUUUUAUCUUCUAUCUGCUUUUGGAAUUAUGAUUCUACUUUCAACUGGUUUUCUUUUUUCAGUACAAAUUUUUCAGUAUUACAAAUGAAAAAUUAAUGUACAUUCAAUGAAAUUGGGUGGUGAUCUUUGUUUUGUUUAAUUUUUUUUUAUAUAAUUUCCUUUCUCACUGUGGUUCUUCUACGGCACUUAAAUUAAUUUUUGGUGCUAAUGUUCUGCAAUACAGUUUUGUAAUAAUAUUUAAUCAAAUUACUAGUAGGAUGGCAAAAGCACCUACGUUGGUGUCCCUUACCAUAACACAAAUGUUACUACAGCAGCCACUGAGCGCAAUAAUAUGCCCUGUAUAUUUUCAUGUUGCCAUACAAAUGUUGUAAAAUAAUCAUAUAUACCAAGCACUGCAUUUAAGUUGUUUUUUGCAGUGCUAUAGAAUUCUGUUGAAGGAUUUUAUACUGUUUUCAUUGAUAUGAGAGUAAUGCUAAACUGCAAAUGUGUUCAUAUGGUGUGUAUGUUGUGUCUGAUGCCAGUUGGGAGACCGAGUGAUUUUAGGAUGUUAAUAUGGCUUCACUAUGCCAAAGAUGUAUUAUAGAUAGAGAAUAUACUAUAUAAACAAUAUAUAAAGACAUUUUAUUAUGUACAGUUUUUACUGUACAAAAUCAAGCUUUCAAUUUGUAUUAUUCAUAUGCCAAGUGCUAUAGAACUGUUGAUGAUGACUGAGGCCAUUUCUAAUUUUUAUUUAAAAUAUCUAUUUAAAACUAUGUACAGUAGUUUAAAUUAAUGCUUUCAGGUUGAUAAAUAACAAUGUGAAAGUUUCAGAAAAGUUCUUUAGUUUUUUUUAAGAAUUAGAAUUUAAAAUAUUUUAAUCGCAUUUGCGUAUAAAAAUACACAAAUUUAUGCACUUGACAAUGAAGAAUAUGUUCUUACAAUUUAUUCUUUGUGACAAAGAUUGUUGCUUUAUACUUUAAAAAUAUUUUGUUUCAUAGGGCUACUUUUAUAAAAUCACAUCAAUCGAUUUCAGAGUAUGUACAUCAAGUUUUCCCGUGUAAAAAAAUUUAAUCUGAAGUUCAAGUUUUUGUUGUUUGAGCAAAACAAGUGCCAAGGUAAAGUAAUAUUUACAGAAUAUAAACCUGGGCUGCGGGCAGGAAGGAUGUCAGUAAACAGGAGGGGAAUCUUUUAAUCAAAGAAUAUUUCUACUCUUGUAUUUUACUCCUUAAAAACUGUUCUUCCUCCUCCCUGUGGAAAUUAUUAGCCCAGCUUUUAUAUAGAUAUCCUUCAUACAAUCUGUUGACCAAUUCUAAACAACAUGGAAUGUACACAAUUUGUAAAUAUGUCAUGUAAUUUUGUUGUAAGUAGAAAGUAACACAUUUUUAUCAUGUGUUGUACAAAUGUACAUCUUUCACUUGGAAGUAAAUCUUCUGCAAA